AUGGCCACAGCUGCUGCUCUGCGACUGCCAGCGGCGGCGGCUUCCCUCGGGAGGAAGAGGGUGGCGGCGGCGGGGGCGAGUAGGCCGUUGAUCAGGCCCCUCGUCGCAGCCUCUGCCUUCUCCGCCUCUUCGGAUGGCGGCGGGAAGAGGAAGCAGCUGGUGCUGUAUACGAAGCAGGGUUGCUGCCUGUGCGUGGGCCUCAAGGAGAAGCUCGAGACGGCCUUCCUCCUCGGCGGGCCCUGGUCCCUCCACGCCGUCCAGUUGCAGGUUAGGGAUAUCUCCGAGAAUCCCGAGUGGGAACGGCUCUACCAGUACGAGAUACCCGUCCUCGCCCGCGUUCUUUCUGAUGGCUCCGAGGUGAGAGUCUUCCCUUCUGGUCCUCUCUCUGUUCCGCUCACCCGUCAUAUGUUCCUGUAUUCCUCCAUAUCUGUCCGCCACUUCCUGCUACGUGCUGAUAUUUUUAGGGUAUUCCUAGAAUGAUAUCAUCAGUCCCUCAGAUUUCUUCUGCUCUGAAUGGAGAAACUGUAAUCCGUUCCUUUCCUCCCAUCUAUGGAUCAUGUGGGCUUCUUCAUGCAAUGCGCUUGUUCUUCUAGAUUUGGUAGACCUAGGGAUGAGAUUGGGGCGUGUUUAAGGAGAAACUCUAAUGAUUCUGUCGCUUGCCUCCCCCCCUUUCGCCUCCCAUUUCCUCAUUCCUGCCACUUCCUCUCCAUUUCUUCCUCCAUGGGGCCCGAUGGGAAGCUCUGGGGAAAUAUCUGUCGAAAUCCCUUCCAAGGUUUCAUUUAUCCUGUACAAUUUAAAAUGAAAAACUUUACAGAUAAGUACUUAUAAUAGAUGAUAUUCUUCAACUCAUAGUCUUUGAUCCAAUUUGUUUCCGGAUUCUCUACGACAAGUCAAUAAAUCCUAGUAUAAACCAUGCAUUAUUACGUCCUUAAAUCGUUCGACAGUUUUCCAUGUAGCUCUGAAUCUAGUGUUCAGACACUAGGCUACUAUGAUCUCGUCCAUAUCUCAUCAAUGAUUACCAUAUAUGCUUUUAAAACUUUGCUAAUUUGGUGCGGGAUGAGUAAGAAAUCAAUCCUGUAUCAUGGAUUCCGCCUCAACAAGUACUUUCUACUAUUCUGCUGUCAUCUCUAUUGUGGUGCUCUGCUGUUCUUGUUGAUGUUGCCCAGAUGGAACAUAUGAGUGGGCAGUUAAAAGAUCUCUUUUUUCUAUUAGUUUCUUCAUUAAUUAUCAGCUGUUCAUCGCCAGUAAGUGUUUUAGACUGUGAAUCAGUUUAAACUCUGGAGGAUGUUUGGCUUUCAUCCCUUCCUUUUUCAAUAGAUAUGUGUGAUACUUUUGUUUCUCUCUUCUUCCAUAUCUUUACUAUAAAUAACCAUGUGUUGCAGAAAGUCCUUCCUAGGUUUUCCCCUCGGCUUGGAGUUGAGAUGAUCCAGAAGAAAAUCUCCUCCGCGUUUGAAGACUCGGAGUGA